AUGCAAGGCGAAGGUUAUUACCUAGGGCUGGAUUUAUCUACGCAGCAAUUGAAAUGCCUUGCUAUCGAUGGUGAUAUGCAGAUCAAGCACACCGAAGUUGUGGACUUUGACAGGGAUCUUCCACAUUACAACACGCAUAAAGGUGUAUAUAGCCACGGUGAUGUAGUUGAAUGUCCCGUUGGAAUGUGGUUAGAGGCCAUCGACCUGGUGUUCGAGAAAUAUAAGGGUGCAGGUUUUGACCUGAGUCAGGUGAAGGCUAUUAGUGGUUCUUGUCAACAGCAUGGAUCUGUGUAUUGGAAAACCGGGGCUGGUGACUUAUUAAAGCAUCUUAAUGAUGCCAAUGGAAACCUGGUGGACCAAUUGUACCCGGAUGGAUUCUCUAGAAAGACUGCUCCAAACUGGCAGGACCACAGCACUGGUAAGCAAUGUACGCAAAUUGAGAAAAAAGCAGGUGGUCCUGAGAAACUUGCUGAAAUAACCGGAUCCAGAGCCCAUUUUAGGUUUACUGGUCCUCAGAUAAUGAAAAUUGCUGAGAAUGAGGAGGAUAAUUACAAAAAUACGGAAACCAUCUCUUUGGUCUCAAGUUUUUUGACCUCUAUAUUAUGCGCUAAACUUGUUCCUAUAGAAGAAGCGGAUGCAUGUGGAAUGAAUAUUUAUGAUAUAAAAGCCAAAAGAUACGAUGAUUCUUUGUUGGAUGUGAUUUCAGGCAAAUUUGGUAAGGAAGACCUACUAAAGAAGCUAAGUGGUUCUGUUACAAAAUGUAACUCUCCACAAUUGAUGGGAAACAUUGCCAAUUAUUUUGUAUCCAAAUAUGGAUUCGAUAGCGAAUGUGCCAUUUAUCCAUUUACUGGUGAUAAUUUGGCAACUAUUUGUUCUCUACCGCUAGAGAAGAAUGAUAUCUUGGUGUCUUUAGGGACAAGCACUACUAUUCUAAUGGUUACUGACCAGUAUCAUCCCUCUCCUAAUUAUCAUCUAUUUACCCACCCAGCAAUUGCCAAUUGUUACAUGGCAAUGAUAUGCUAUUGCAAUGGAUCUCUUGCUAGAGAGAAAGUAAGAGAUAGUUUAAAUGAAAAUCAAAGUACUAGCUGGACUAACUUUGAUGAGGCUGUUCUUGAUGAAAGUCUUGAUACAUCUGGUGAGUUGGCUGUGUAUUUCCCAUUGGGUGAGAUUGUUCCUAGUGUUGAUGCAAUCACUAAGAGGGUGUUGUAUGACCCAAAGAAUUGUGAAAUUGUCAAGUACGUAGAUAAAUUCGACAAUAAUCGCCACGAUGCUAAGAUUAUAGUGGAAUCACAGGCUUUGAGUGCUAGGGUUAGAGUUGCUCCACUUUUAAGUGGAACUGUUGAUGAAUCAAAUGAUGAAAAAUCGGAGACCAUGGUUCAUUUCGAUUACGAUAGUAUGAAAUUCUCUGAGUACUCGUCUAAGCGACCAAACCGAGUGUAUUUUGUUGGUGGUGCAUCAAAGAAUGAUGCCAUUGUUAAGAAGUUUUCUGAAGUUCUAGGGGCUAAAAAUGGUAAUUUCAGACUUGAGACACCAAAUUCUUGUGCUUUGGGAGGUUGUUUCAAAGCGUUGUGGUCGGAUCUAUGGAAAAAAAAGAAGAUAGAUGAGAAGGUUACUUUUGAUUCCUUUUUAAACCGCUAUUUCCCCACUGAUGAAUUAGAAGAAAUAAAGGUAGAUGAUAUCACAAAGAAAUGGGAAGCUUACAAAGACAAGAUUAUACCAUUGAGCAAAUUAGAAGAAGAGUUAAAGUAA